GGAAGGAAGAAGAUGUCAUCCGCGUAUAAAGACGGCGAGGACUGGCUGACUGUAUGUCUCAAGUAUCUGCUUUUUGUCUUCAACUCACUAUUUUGGGUGGGAGGAGCGGCCGUCCUCGGUGUGGGCGUGUGGACGCUGGUGGAGAAGAGUGAGUUCCUGAGCCUGCUGGCCUCUAGCACCUUUGCCGUAUCCGCCUACAUCCUCAUCCUGUCCGGGGGGCUGGUCGUGGUCACAGGCUUCCUGGGCUGCUGCGCCGUCGUCCGAGAGCAGAGGAGCUGUCUGUCCACGUAUUUCUUUUGCCUGCUUUUGAUUUUCUUGAUCGAGCUGGUGGCUGGAGUACUGGCUUAUGUUUACUACCAGAGGCUGAGCGAAGAGCUGAAGCAGAACCUGAAGCAGACCAUGACAGACAACUAUGCCCAACCAGGAAAGGAGGCUAUCACGUUAGCUGUGGACAAACUACAACAGGAUUUUAAGUGCUGCGGUAGCGACAACUACCAAGACUGGAUGACGAGUGUUUACAUUACGUCAAAGCAUGCCCAGGGCAGGAUGGUGCCCGACAGCUGCUGUAAGUCCAUGACGCCCGACUGUGGCAUCAGGGACCACCCGUCCAACAUCUACAAUGCGGAGGGUGGCUGCAUAACCAAGCUAGAGCAGUUCUUGGCAGACCACCUGUUGGUGAUAGGAGCCGUGGGGAUCGGAGUGGCCUGUCUGCAGAUCUGUGGGAUGGUGCUCACCUGCUGCUUGCACAGGAGGAUCAAGAUGGAGCCUUACUGAGCCGCAGUGACAUGUUUUAGCGCCUCUUAUUUCACUCCACUGGAUUAUCUUCCUCUGGUGUCAUCCUUGUGUCCAUCAUCUUUCAAAUGACCAGGGCGAUAACUAAAUAACUACACUCCACGCAAGGGGAAACACUGUCAUUUUUCAAUGAUGUGUGAGGUUUAAGCUUAGCAAUGUCAGCUCAUCUUACUGCAUGUUUCAAGAGGGAGACGAUGAGAUCAAAUCCCACUGAUGACCGCUAAAAAAAAUAAUGAAACAUUGCCUGUAAAAUUAAGCAUGAUAACCAGUGUGCUUUGAGUGUAUACUGCCACCUGGUGGCUUACAUCAGUUAACAAGAUUUCUGAACUAGUCUGACGGGAAAAGGUUUCAGCAAUUGUUGACUGACUUUAAUUGUUCUUUUCAGAGGCCUUAAAGGGAGUUCUAAACAUAUAUAUUCUUAUUCACUUAGAAAUGAUCGGUUCUUCUGUGUGGAACUUUAAUAACCACUACUCAUGCCCGCCAACUGUAUUAUCAAAACUCAAAUAAACAAAGUGCACGAAUGUUGUUGAAA